UUUGAAAUUCGCCUCAUCAAGUUAAAGUGCAAAACUUGUUGAUGGGUCUCCGAUAAAGUUUUGAAAUUUUCACUGUCAGUGUCAUGCUGGGAAUAACCCAAGUUUUCAUAUUUCUGAGAGUUCACAUUGCCGACGUUCUUUUUUUUCUUUUUCUUUUUUGUUUUUUUGGAAUUCAGGAGCUGAGUCUAAUCAAUCUCUUUCAUUCUAGUUUGUGAAAAGUGUUAUAUUUAUAGCUGGCAAAAAUUGGCGAUUGUCGGUGAUCUCCGCGUAUUAACUUUUUGUUGUUUCCCUUUUAUGCCCUCGUUCACUCUCAUUCUUGCGCUUUCAUAAUUUACGCUCCUUAGUAGUUAGUGGUGCAGUUAAUACUUAUUCAGAGUUUCAGACAUUUAUGGUUAUUUUGUAACCUCGGGUACUUUUCAGAUUGGAUCUUGUUUCAAUGGAUUUGGGUUAGAUUUGAUUUGUUUUGACGCUGUAUCGUGGAUCAUUCAUUUAUCUCUACUGACAUUACACAAACAACGGAUCCGAAUUUGAUAAGUUGGAACUAGUUCAAGCUUGUGAUGGUGAAAAGACUCAGGAAAUUCUGAAUCAAACUAGUGGCUUAAGCUUGACAACUUUAAGUCAAUCAUUUUUUUUUUUUUUUUUUUGGUUGCUGUAUAAAUUUUAUUUUUGAACUCUGCAUGCUGAAGUCAGAGUAGAAGAGUAAUUGUCAGUUACAAAAAUGUCAAGAGGAAGACCUGAUGGGAGCCAAAAGAAAAAGGUGCUCACCUCAGUUUUAGUUUUGAUGCUCAUCUUUGGCUGUGUAUACCUAUAUUCUCGGAAAAGUGGUUCAUCUCCUCUGGAGUAUGGCAGUAAAUCAUUAAGAAAGUUUGGUUCGUAUUUGGGUUCGGAUGAAGAUACCGAUGAGCCUUCUUCCAAACUUGAUGAAGAUGGAGAUGACGGUAUUGUAUUAAAGAGUUUCCCUGUUUGUGAUGAUCGUCUUUCAGAACUUAUUCCAUGCCUAGACAGAAACCUUAUUUACCAGACAAGGUUGAAGCUGGAUCUGUCUUUGAUGGAGCAUUAUGAGAGACAUUGCCCACUUGCUGAAAGGCGAUAUAAUUGUUUGAUUCCUCCUCCACCAGGAUAUAAGAUCCCAGUCAAGUGGCCUAAAAGCAGAGAUGAGGUAUGGAAAGCUAAUAUUCCACAUACCCACCUUGCAACUGAGAAAUCUGACCAGAACUGGAUGGUUGUCAAAGGUGAAAAGAUUGUAUUCCCUGGAGGAGGAACUCACUUCCAUUAUGGAGCUGAUAAGUACAUUGCAUCAAUUGCGAAAAUGCUUGACUUUCCAAACAGUAUUAUAAAUAAUGGAGGCAAGCUCCGGACCGUACUUGAUGUUGGUUGUGGAGUUGCUAGUUUUGGAGCUUACCUGCUUUCUUCAGAUGUUAUUGCAAUGUCCUUAGCACCCAAUGAUGUUCAUCAAAACCAGAUCCAGUUUGCCUUAGAGCGAGGAAUUCCAGCAUAUCUUGGUGUUCUAGGGACAAAAAGACUCCCCUACCCAAGUAGGUCUUUUGAACUAGCACAUUGUUCUCGCUGUAGGAUUGACUGGCUUCAAAGGGAUGGGAUCCUUCUUCUUGAGCUUGAUAGGUUACUCAGACCAGGAGGCUAUUUUGCCUACUCAUCACCUGAAGCCUAUGCACAGGAUGAAGAAGAUCUGAGAAUAUGGAGAGAAAUGAGUGCCCUUGUAGAACGAAUGUGUUGGAAAAUAGCUUCUAAAAGGAACCAGACUGUUAUUUGGGUUAAGCCCUUGACUAAUGAUUGUUACAUGGAAAGAGAGCCUGGUACACUUCCUCCCUUAUGCAAAUCUGAUGAUGAUCCAGAUGCUGUUGCAGGUGUGAAUAUGGAGAUUUGCAUCACACCAUACUCUGACCAAAAUCAUAAAGCAAGGGGAAGUGGUUUGGCUCCUUGGCCUGCUCGAUUAACUACUCCACCUCCCCGUCUAGCUGACUUUGGCUAUUCUAAUGAAAUGUUUGAAAGGGACACGGAUGUCUGGCAGCAAAGGGUUGAGAACUAUUGGAAUCUGUUGAACCCGCACAUGAAAUCUGAUUCAUUGAGGAACUUGAUGGACAUGAAGGCGAACAUGGGUUCUUUUGCAGCUGCUUUGAAGGACAGAGAUGUUUGGGUUAUGAAUGUGGUUCCAGAGGAUGGACCCAACACCCUAAAGAUUAUAUAUGAUAGAGGUCUCAUAGGCACAGUUCACAACUGGUGUGAAGCGUUCUCAACCUAUCCACGAACUUACGAUUUGAUUCAUGCCUGGACCGUGUUCUCUGAUAUUGAAAAGAAAAGAUGUAGUGCUGUGGAUCUGUUGCUUGAGAUGGACCGCAUUCUGAGGCCUAAAGGUUUCAUUAUUAUUCGUGACAAGCGGUCAGUUGUUGAGUUCGUAAAGAAAUAUUUGCAAGCAUUACACUGGGAGGGAGUGGCUACGGCUGAUGCAUCUCAAGACUCGGAACAAGACGAGGAUGAUACAGUGUUCAUCAUCCAAAAGAAGAUGUGGCUUACAAGCGAGAGCUUCAGGGACUCGGAAUAAUAAUAAAAAAAAUUAAUAAUAACCCUAUUCUUCAAGGUUCAUGCACUUCAUAUGAUGCUGGCAUUGCUAAAGCUGAAGGUGGCUUAGGCGAUGCUGGUUAUUUAUAUAAUUUUGUAGCAUUUGGAUUUGUUUUCUUAUUUUAGUUUUCUUGCUCCUGAGUUAACACAGAAAGCAUACCCGCAUAUUAUUGAUUUUGGAAACUGUAAGAAAAACAUUUCCUAGCGCUGAAAUGGCAAAAGUCUUGAGGCUGCUGAAGAAAUAAGGAUUUUGAUAUUAAUUAAAAUGGGUUGACCGGUUUGCCUUAUAA